AAGUCUUUUAAUGAAUCGUGGAAUCCCAAGUGCCAUGGAGAGAAACACCAGGUUCAGCCGAAUAGCCUAUGCUCUGUAAUUGAAUACCUCAGCGAGGUGAGUUUACUUCGCAUCAGUUUCUCAUCGUCCUCGUCAUCAUCAUCAUCAUCAUUAUCAUCAUCAUCACCACCACCACAACCACAAUCAUCAUCAUCAUUAUCACCACCACCACCACCACCACUAUCAUCAUCACCACCACCACCACCACCACUAUCAUCAUCAUCAUCAUCAUUACCAAGUAAUCGGCUCUUGUCGUCACCACCACCACCAUCAUCAUCAUCAUCACCACCACUAUCAUCAUCAUCAGCAUCAUCAGCAUCACCAUCAUUAUCAUCAUCAUCAGCAUUAUCAUCAUCGUCGUCAACAUUAUCACCACCACCACAACCCCGACCACCAUCAUCUUCAUCAGUUUAUUUGAUAAAGAAGGUUGUAUAAAAGGAGACACUCAGGACUCAAAUGGUUUUUUACCUUUAUUUGCUCACCAUUGCAAUCAUGCCGUCUAAUGCUAGCUAAAUAAUAAAUAAGAAUAAGGUGAAUAAGGGGAGGGAGGAAGAUCUUAGAAGGCGGAUGAUCCUAGCGCCAUAUGUUUGCUGUAUUUGAUUUACAUGCAAAGGGUUGUACUUGUUUCUGGAGCAGGGAUCUUCCUAGUACUAGGAUCUUCCUAGCUGACAGGUAGGAAGAUCCUAGUACUAGGAAGAUCCUUGCUCCAUGUAAACUGCCUUCCCUCGGAAGAUCCUAGGACUAGGGACAAACCGGACAAAAGUAGCGGCGGGUCGUUCAGUGGCUAAUCACAGCAAUAAAGGCCGACUAUUUCUUUGGCGUUACCGCGACCUGAUUAUUGUGAUGAUUCUGCUGAAAGGUAGUUGUUACCGCCAGUAAAGAGAACAGAAGGACCCAAAUUGUAUGUUUGUUUUUGUCGUCCGCCAUUUUUAAUUCCUUCUCAAACAUUCUAUAUUUGGGUACCACAUGGGCCAAAUUUUGUGCAUGUAAACCCAACGUAAAGUUGAUCCGCCGUCUAGGAUCUUACUCCCUCCAUGUAAACGGAGCCCGUAAUGAUAAAUCCAAUAAAAUGUUUAUGUCAAAGGAAAUCGCCUAAGAGUAGACCUGGGCUUGCUAAUGCUUACCAGUACCUUUUAAUUUGCAAUUGCUGUGGUUGUGCGUAGGUCGAGGGUUGGUGUCCAGUGUUACCAUGGAGACGUGACUUUGACCCCUUUAAACCACCUGCCAACCACACAGAGGUUUGUAUCCAUAUGUCAAUAAUUCAGGUAUAUGAGCGGUAAACAAAAAAAUAUUUGCAGUACUGUUAGAUAUCGUUGGAAGAUUCUGGAUCAGGUGUUAAUAAGUAUAGGCUUUUCAAACAGGUUCAGCUUCAGCCUGUGGAUUGUGUUUGACAACGUGUUCAAUCUUUUAUAAACGUUAAGCUUCUUUUGUGUAAAUAGACUGAAUGUAAGAAGAACACAUGUACAAAUCUUUUUGCUGGAUUCGUUACUAAGAUGUUCUGACUAAGGAUAGUUCUAGUCCAAUGUACUUCUCUCGUUCAGCUGCCUGUUUGUGUCAAAUUCUGCAGCAGAAUAUUAAAUCAUCGUUCACAUGACUUUGGCUUGCAGGCAGUGAUUUGCACAGAUGUAUCCGGGUUAUUAGAAAAAUUAAAGGACGACCGUUACGCCUGGAUGAGAAUUCGAAUAACGGAAACAUGGCCGCAGUGGAAAGAAGCCACUGAACAGCUUGCUGCGACCCUGAAUGUGAAGAAUAGAACGAAGAAAAAGGUGAAUUUGGGGUUUUCUUUGAAUAUUGCUGAAUGCAUAGAUCAGAGUAAGAUUCUGAGAACUGUACAUACCUACCCCUCCCUUAAAAGAACAUUUUGCCCCAAGUAAGGAGUUAGUGUUAGGGUUAGGGGAGGGGUAGGUAGCAAUUUCCCAGAAUCGUAUUACCUCAGCCUACCUACCCCUCCCCUAGCCCAACAUUUUGCCCUAAGUGAGAACGUUGGGUGAGGGGACGGCUAGGUGGGUAAUUUUUUGAAAUCUAAAAAUAAGGCAUUUGAAAGGCUUAGCGAGCUAGAAACAAGCCGUUUGAUCGGUCUAACGAAUUGUAAGGACGAAAUUCCAGCAGUUUAGCAAGGCAGAUCAAGAAGCAACGUGAUUGGUAUUGGUAAGUAGAUAAAAGCUCUUUUGGGGGGGCCAGCUGAUUAGAAGAAAGUAAGUUGGAUGGUUGUUCUAAGGAGAGGUUAAGUUGAACGAAAAGGAAGAUCGCAAAAUGAUAAAACUCCUAGCAUUUGAUAAAUUUUUCCGCCACAACGACAUUCUUGCGAAAACUUGUAGUAGAAUGACGACGGCUAUCACACUUUCCCGCCAAAAUGACGUUGGUUCACGAGCGCACUACUUAGUAUUGAGAAAAUCUCGUCGUCGUAGUCGUUCUCGUAUAAUAAUGGGGAGCUCAUUAAGCAAAGGCGUUUUCAGCCAACUCAACCGAUAAUGAUAUGCCUUGACACUACCCAGUUUGUAUUACUAAGUUUCUUUAUUCUUAUAGAGACCAUUGACCCGAAACAUUGGGCAAAACCUCCGCCUAAGUUAGCAAAAAGUCCAUUUCCGGUCGACGUGCGUCGGUUAAAAAAAACAUUUGUUUAAGCUCCCUAAUCUAAAGGUCUUGAUUUCCUUUACCAGAUUCUUCUCUAUAUGGGAAGCAUAGAAGACAACUUCAAGUUCUUUACUGAAGCCUUUACUGGUGGAUGUUUAGGGGAGCUUACACAGUGGAGUGAUUUAAUGAGUGCUCUGUAUAUUUUAGGGCAUGACUUGAUAAUUACAUCAGAUUACAACGACCUGCGAAAGUAAGUUCAUCCAAGUUUAUUUCGUACACUGAGAAAACAGCCGCGUCCCCACCACUGGUUUUCCCGGCGAAAUGACGUCUGAGGGACGAGCGCAGAAAUUCCACACUGAUGACGUGUUGCUUCUCAUAUCUGGGUGGUGCUUCUGAUUGGUCUGGCCCCGAGAGAAAUUUGCUUCAACCAAUCAGGAGCACUACCCAGAUCUGGGUUGUGACGCGUGCAGCAUGGAAUUUCUGCACUCGUUCCUCACACUUCCUUUCGCGGGAAACCAGUGGUGACAUCUCGAAAGGUCGGCUGUUUUCUCAGGGUUAUGUUAUCGUCCUUCAACACAAAGUUUUUGUCAUGUCCUCAAUAUCAUAAUUAAGAAAAAAAAGCCAACAAUCAAUUUCAAAAUGUUCCAAACUGUACAGGUUCUCGAUACUUUAGAGAGGCAAUGGAGUUUUAAGACCGAAGAAAGCCACACAUUUUAUAUCGGUAACUUUUCUUCACAUUUGAAUUUUUGUAUCAAGCAUCAUGCCUCCUGACACCCAAAAAACUCCUGGGAUAUCCAGGAAACCACUUUGUAGAAGUUUACCGCUAAGGAUUCAUACAGAGAUAAGAAUUUUUGGGAAAGGUUUGUACCCAGGAGUCAUUUCAAAAGUUGGUUGAGUUUGAUGGUCCGGGUGAACGUAGUCCUGAAUAGGACUGUUGCUGUUGACAAUGACUGACGUUUCGACAACCUGUGCGGUAGUCAUCUUCAGAGUCAAAUUAAAGAGACUAAAACAGAAUUCUUGUUAAUACAGUCAACUCUCGCCCUGCGGACUCCCCGCCAUAACGGACACUCCGAUAAUAUGGACAGCAGCUAAAUCCCCUCCAAAAAUAUAUUAGAGAUGUUUGACUGAAAUAAACUCCCGCUAUUACGGACUCUCGCUAAUGAGGACACUAAUUCAAGGUCCCUACCUACAGUGUCCUCUAUAAAGGGAAUUGACUGUAUGGAAAUUUGAGAAGUAGUUAUCUAUACCCUUGCAGUAUGAAGGUGUUGAAAUGCUGAAAAACACCCCCGGUGGGGGUACUCCCUAUAAUGGCCUAUACAGGGAGGCUCCGGCCCAGGGAAGGUACCAUUUUGAGGCCUCAGGUGUAUCAAAGGGUGGGCAUUUCACUGGUUGAAGUAUAUAAAAGAGCGGGAAAUCAGUCUUUCGAACUGUAAAAAGACUUAAAAGGGCUGUGAAAAAGUCGAGAAGAUUUCCUAGUACUGUGAUUUUCUUCGUGUUUUGAAGACAAUGCAUAUACAGGAUACAAGUUCUCAACUAGGUAUGUGAAAGGGGUACCAUUUGUCAGAAUAGAAGGAAUACGGAAGGGGUACCUUUUCUGCCAAAAAUGGUGUAUAAAAGGGUAAGGUGGAGGACCUCGGGGCGGGGCCUCCCCGCAUAAACUUUCCUGGGUACCCCUCUCGACACUAUCCACCGGACAAAUCAUUGUCCAGUAAAAACGUUUCAAGGAAACCAGUUGCGUUAUUUUUUGAAUAGUGAUUUAUUUAAUGGAUAUUAUCAUAGUGGUUAAAUGUCUUUAUCAACAGCAUUAUCACCCAGUCUGAUUCAGAUGGCUGUGCUUUAAGAGAACUUGCUGACGGCUUGGAUCUGAUAUUUACCGACAUUCCAGGCGCUAAGAAAAUUAUGCUGUUCAGUGGACCACAUAGUUCGCGUUACAGGUACAGCUAACAAUAUAAACUUUUAAGAAGAACUUCAUUCCUAAUGGAGAGAGCUCCGAUACUAACCAAAUGCAAUAAGCGAUUAUAGGAAAUGAAAGUGUGGAACAGAAGUGGGAAAGGUAGUCAGUAAAGGAGCAUAGAUACACUUAACAGGACAUCUGCACGUUUAGUAACGUUUCUUGUCUUCCACUAGAUGCAAGAUGCGCAUUUUGGACUCGUUUGGAACGGACGCGGAAUUCAACUAUCCAUACUACAAAGAAAGUAUUCCUGGCGGCAGAUCGGUAUGGGGAGAUGUGAAUCUUCUGCUUCCUCAAUUCAUGACAAUGUUCCGUAAGUUCAAUCUUUGUAUUAUUAUACGUUUCUGCGAAACUGCCCACCUACCCCUCCCCUAAGCCAACAUUAACACUUACUUCUCACUUAGGGCAAAAUGUUGGCAUAGGGGAGGGGUAGGUGGCAGUUUCCCAGAAACGUAUAAUAAUCCCAAUCUUUCUUUCUUUUUCAAGAAUGACUGCUCUAUUUCUAAUAGGUACAUUUGAAAUAUUAUUUUAAAGUAUUGACUUGUAUUACUGUCAUACUCAGGAAACUAUGUGAUCCUGAAAUAUGUUUCUUUUUUUUUUCGGACACCGGCCUGCCCAGAGGGAAUGUGCACGAACGGGACUCAGGUCCCAUGCGAGGUGCCAUCCCUACCCAAUCCCACAACCCGUAAAGACCACCGGGGUCUACGAUCCCUACUCUUUUCGAAUAGUGAUGUGGGUUCUUUUACGUCCCACAAGAACAAAUCAGUGAAAGUGCUGUGAGACGGGACCUACGGUUUUUCGUCCUUAUCCGAGAAGACUAGAAAGUGUAACCAUUUGCAGAUCUCAUUACAAAGACAGCACUUUCUCCUCAGUUAUUUAAAGACCCUGAGUGUUGGUCCAGCAGGGUUUGAACCCGCGACCUCCCGCUCGGCAGACCGGCGCUCUCCCAACUGAGCUAACCAGGCGGCGGUGAAAAGGAUUGCUAAUUGUCUAGUAACCUGUCAUAACAAAGGUCGGGCCACAGCAGCAACCUACCAACUUAGCAUUCUCGAUGUAUUCCUGGUGUUCAUCUUGAGCUCAAGAUUUUGUAUUCCAGACUCUUGAAUUCAACACUUUACAAUUCUAAACACUUUAUAGUGCCUUCAAGACUUGAAAAUUCCAACCUUUAGAAUUCAAGAUUUUGACACUGGAAACUCUUGAAUUCAAAACUCUGGAAUCGUAAAUUGUUGAAUUCAAUUAGCUUUUUUUUCCCUUCUUUUUUUUGGGUCGGGGGCGGGGGAGGGGGGCGGAUUUCUGAACUCAGUCAUGAAUUCAAUUAAGACAAUGGCGUUCUGAAAUUUUGAAUUCAAAACUUGGGAUAGCAAACUCUUUUUUUCAAGCUUUUGGUAUUACAAAGUGUUGAAUUCAAGACUUUGGCUUUCCAAACAUUUGAAUUCAGGACUUUAGCAUUGCAAGCAUUUGAAUUCAAUACUUUGGAAUACCAAACUCUUGAAUUCAAAAUUUUGGUAUUUCAAAGUGUUCAUGUUGAAUUUAAGACUUUGACAUUCCAAACUUUUGAUUUCAAGACCUCAGCAUUUCAAAUAUUUAAAUUCAAUUCAAACUUUUGAAUUAAUGAUUUUGGCAUCGAAACAUGCCUCCCGGGUUAAUGUGGUUUGAUAAUUAACACUACGGUAGAAACUUUUUCUACGGAGAAGACUAACGAAACAGAAAUUAUGAGCCCUCUUGCCACAAAGACCCUAGCAGUCAAGUGUUUUAUGUUCUUAAUGAUUCUUUUGGCAGCUCACAGUCCCGAUAACUCGUUCUUGGGCUUUGCUGUUCCAAAGAAACAUCGCAGAAAAACCAGAGAACCCAAGAACAGAAACAGUGCACUAGUCUAUGGAAAACUACUGCAUUUCUGGAAGGUACGAGUACAUUGUUAAAGUGUUAGCGCAGGCGUUUCCGUUGUAGAUGCUAAGGCUGCGGCAAACGGACGCAACAACUCCCAACAUUGUUGCGCCAACAAUGUUGGGAGUUGUUGCGUGCGUGUUGGCAGUGGUGUGCAAACGGAUGCAACAACUCCCAACAAUGCUGGGACCUGCAGUGCGUCGUGGGAAGGAUACAACCCAUAAGUCUUUGUAAACCAUGCGUAAAGCGCGUGCGCGGCCUCAACAAUGUUGGAAGAGCUGUGCAAACGGAUCCAACAUUGUUGCGCAACGCUUCGGCGAUCACGGAACAAAAGAAAUGUGGGGAGUUGUUGGCUGAAAAGUUUGACCGGUUUCAAACUUUGCGCAACAACACGCAACAACAUGUAACAGGGUGUGCGAAUGGACGCAACAUGUAACGUCCAACAAUGUUGGGAGUUGUUGGCCAACAAUGUUGCGUCCGUUUGCACGGGGCUUAAAAGUCCUCGAGUGAGGUUUAUUUUGUCUUUUUGGUUUAGGGCAAAUCACUGUACAUCGAAGUGAUCAGAAAUCAUGUCCAGGAAGUCCACGCCAACAUCGGCUCCAAAAACGUAAGAAAUCAGUGCCUAAGAUGUUUAUCACACGUUCAAUUUUUAUAUUAUACCGUAGCCAUUAACUGCAAUGUGGUUAUUUCAAAAGGAGACUGUUCUACGUAAAUUCGACGUGCCUGAUUUUGUAAUAAAUCACGGAAUCGUCAACAUCUCUACACUCAUGGAUCUCUUUCAAAGUAGUAAGGUAAGUGUUCAGACUUUUUUGUGUUAGCUUGGAAAAUUCUGGUAUGAUGCGACUCAACUUUUGACAUAACUGAUGUCAUUGAAUUGAUAUAGCGUGACAAUUAUUGGUUGUGAGCAAAAACUGCAUCUCUUGUCCGAUCAGACGCGAGUAAUUUUGUUGAGUCCACCAUAUGGCCACAAUAUGCGCAUUUUAUCAUAUUUGUAUGUUAAUUUGCGCAAUAUAAAUGAUAAGUAUUAUUAUUAUUAUCAGCUUUCUCUGGUCUUUUGGUACGAGCAAACAGGAAAGUAUUGUUUUUUUGGGUCCUUAGGUUUUUGUUGGUCUGGGUGAUCCUUUAGAAGGACCAGCAGCCUUAGAAGCCUUGGCGAAUGGAUGUUUCUUUCUUAACCCAAAGGUAUGCUAGGAAAUUAGCAACACGUUAUUUUAUUUUGUACAUUUACAAUUAGAUUGUCAGUCGUUCUGAGUAGUUAAGUAGCUGUUGUGCUCACAUGUUCGUUCAUCCCUCUAUAGAACAAUGAUCGAGGUGCGUUGAAUCGUGAGUUAUAUGGUGGCUCUAAAAUGUCUGUUCCUCUUGAACGAACUAUAAAUAACCAAAUGCAAUUACGUUUUGAUACAGGUUUGGUACAAUAUUUUAAUUAAUUAUAGUUUUUUUUUUUUUUCAGUUUGAUCCACCAUUUGAUCGAGUAAACCAUGGCUUUUACGCUGGCAAACCCAUGAAUAGGAAGGUAAUGAUUAAGCUAACAUAUUAACCAAUAAUACAGAAGUGUUUCAUCUGAUAUUAAGGCAAAGUAGAAUUACGAGGAGUAAUAUAUCAAACACGAUCGAGGAGUGUUUCAUUCGAUAUCAAAACACCAAUAAGUGAUAUAUCAACACGAGAAGGAGUGUUUCAUCUGGUAUCCAAACACUGAGAAGUAAUACAUCAAAUACGAGAGGGAGUGUUUCAUCUGAUAUCCAAACACCGAUAAGUAAUAUAUCAAACACGAGAAGGAGUGUUUCAUCUGAAAUCCAAACACCGAGAAAUAACAGGAGAAGGGUAUUCAACUAUCAAUAAGUAAUAUAUCAAACGAGAGAAGAAGUGAUUAUAUCUCAGUGAUAUCCACACACUGGGAAGUAAUAUAACAAACACGAAGAGAAGUGUUUCCGAUAUCGAAAUACUGAUCUAACUAAUACAUCAAACACAAGGAGUGUUCCAUCCGAGAUCCAGACAUGCACCUAGGAGUUUGUCAAACACGAGAAGAAGAAUUUCUUGCGAUAGGGCGAUUUACAUAUGACCUUGAAAAAUGGUUUCGGUAGGUAUUAGUUAUUUGUUUUAACAGCCAAUGGAUGAAAAGAUCAAAACAUGGCCUCUUCGUUUUUCCGCCAAAGAAAACCCUAAUAUGGCGAAGGCAUUGUUUGAUUGGCCAAUCGUGUUGCAGUAUGACGUCAAAGGGAAGUAUCAAUCGACAAGUUUCUAGAAAGUUCUCGGGCAUGAAGUUUUUCCACCCGAGCGUUCGCUUAACCAACCAAAAGAUACGCGCGUUUGUAUCCGUUCGAUAAACCAAUCAAAUCGCUCUAUUUCCGUUCUUCCGUUGUUUCUGUUUUGUUUGCGCGUUUUCAUUUCAAGGUCAUACGAAAAUCGCUCAUUCAGGACCGAGAAGUGUCUUGUGAAAACAGUUUCCGAGGUACGUGAGUAUUGUUUUCAAUUGUCUUUUAGAUAACUUCUUAAAUGGUCAAUAAUGUUGGAAGGAAUUCGAUCAAAAAAUCGCAAAUUAAAUUUAUGGUAAUGAAGAUAACGUACCCAAUCAACCUUCCUUCCAUGUUCUCAAUUCAUUUUGGAAAUUGAGUUUAGACUAUUUUUUCGCAUGAACAGAUUACAUCCCAAAAUCCUUAUGCUGAGGUGUUUGUUGGCGAGCCCUUCGUUCAAACUGUGAACAUAAACAACAUGAGCGAAGUCGAGGAAGCUUUGCAGAAAAUUUUGAAUUCUUCGGUAGGUAAUAGCUCUUAACCCUUGUACCCCCAGAACACCAAAGUCUGCCACUCAGAAAAGUUUCAAAUUUUGUUUAGUAUAAAAAGGGACAAAGAAUAGUACCAUGCAAUCGUACCCCAGAAGAAGAUUCAUUAGAAUGACCAAACAUUUCAGGGUUUUGUCCACUGACCCAAUUGUUAGAGCUAACCUUUAAAACAAUANGAGAUCCAGACAUGCACCUAGGAGUUUGUCAAACACGAGAAGAAGAAUUUCUUGCGAUAGGGCGAUUUACAUAUGACCUUGAAAAAUGGUUUCGGUAGGUAUUAGUUAUUUGUUUUAACAGCCAAUGGAUGAAAAGAUCAAAACAUGGCCUCUUCGUUUUUCCGCCAAAGAAAACCCUAAUAUGGCGAAGGCAUUGUUUGAUUGGCCAAUCGUGUUGCAGUAUGACGUCAAAGGGAAGUAUCAAUCGACAAGUUUCUAG